AUGACGCCUUAUCUCAAGGACGGGGUCGUUCCUCUCACGGGCUGGUGCUCUGGUCACUUCCAUGAUCUAGGCGCAUUGGUGCAUAGCCUGCUCACCAAGGACUACUCGUGGAUCUACUGCCGCAUUCUAGGGCUCCAGCUCAUGAGGCGGCUGCUCCUUGGAGGCCGGGCGCUGAACAACAUCGAGCUGGCAUACCUCCGCAACGACGCGCCCAUGAUCGCUGCCGUCUUGGAGUUCCACUCCCCGCAGUUGCCAAUUGUCCACGUGGCCGGCCAGGGUGGCAAUAUGAGGCAGUACGCCUUCCCCCCGGCUCUGCUUCCACUCAUGCGCGAUAUCUACUGCACCAACUUGCUCGCCUUUGAGCCCUUUGCGAAUUUGCGCCGAGCGACCACUCCCUCCCCACUCCAAUGCCUCGUCGAGGCUACGGACUUCAUGUGGGGGCUCACUGGCGAGGGAGUUGACACCGACGGCGAUGCAGGAGAAGAGUGCACAGCCAAAGAGGCGCGGCUUUGUGAACGGGCCAAGCUCUUGCUCGAGGAGCUCGAGGUGCGGGACCCCUCCUACUACAGGGAUGGCACGCUGCGACCCGCGUCCAGCGAGUACAGAGAUCAGGUCGAGCGCCCGAGCGCCUACGGGUUCCAUCCAUUGCUGUUCGAGCGGCCCCACUUUAUCGACUGGGAGAACGCUGAAGGUCGUUCCAGCAAGGAGAAGCUGGAAAGGCAUUGCGCGCUUCCGCAGAAGCCCCACACGAAGGGUCAGGUCGGCCUCUUCAUUCUGGCAUGCCCCCAUCGCGCGCCGCUCGGCUACCACUACAUGAAAGGAGCUGAAAGCGUCAGCGACUUUGGAACCGUGCUCGCCACGCGGAACUCUCUGGAGGCUCUCAAGGGGCUCACUGUGGUGGAGGACUGCGCGUGUCAGCUCCAGGAAUGGUUCCUAAACCGACUGCCGGGGUUGGCCAAGCACAUGUUGUUUCUGGUCGACCGAUUUCACUCAGGGCCUGUUUCGGUCGCCGUUGGAAACGCGGCCAGGCGCUACAGCGUCCAUACCUGCCCUCCAACGCUCUUCAUAGACAGCUUUCCGGUCCACAAAGACACUGCAAUGACGGCGUGCGAGGGUUUGAAUGCUGGGCUGAAGGAUUGCAAGCGCAGCCUCCAGCAGAUUACUAGGCUAGAUGACUUUAAGAGUAGGGUGACGACCAUUCUCGACAUCAACUUUGAGAGGUCGAAGCUUGCAAGGUUCGUCGAGAACAUUGAUGCAGCGAACGGCUGGCUUCGUAGAAGGAUUCGGGAGCGGCAAGCCUCUUAG